AUGAGUAAUCUUUUGUCCGUCUUACACACAUAUCUAUAUGUAGCCCAACGUUUAUCUUUUUCUCUCACUUUCUCUAAAUUCCUAACAUUUCUUUCUCUAAAUUUCCUACCUCUCUCUCUCUCUCCCCCCACGCUCUCUCAAAUAUCUGCAUUUCUCACUCACUCUGUUUCUCUCUCUAUGAAGUCCUUACAGUUCAUCCUUUUGUGUCUCAAGUCACUAUAUUCAUCUCUCUCUCUCUAUCUAUCUAUCUAUCUAUCUAUCUAUCUAUCUAUCUAUCUAUCUAUCUAUCUCUCUCUCUGUCUCUCUCCCUUUCAAAGCCUAAUAUUUCCUUCAGGUCCCAAACGAAAAGAAAUUCUCCCUAUCAUAUCCAUCAUUUCUACUUCCCGUUGUCUCUUCCCUUUUUCCUGCGUCCAUCUCUCCGUCAGUUUUCCUAUAUCAGCACCUUUCUUUUAUUUCUCUCUCUCUCUCUCUCUCUCUCUCUCUCUCUCUCUCUCUCUCACGCUCCCUCCUCACAGAGAAGCUUCCUCCCUCACUUCCAAAUAUCUCUUUCUUCCUCUCCCUCUCGUUCUCUUUCUCGUUUUCUCUCUCUCUCUCUCUCUCUCUCUCUUUCUCUCUUUCUAUUUCCCAUUUUCUUUAAUUCCAUCUCUCUCCUACCUCUCAAUUACUGCAUUAUCAAAUGAGAAACUCCCAUCUUCCUUUCCUUCUUCGAACACUCGAAUUGCCAUCAUUCCUUCUUCCUUACCCUUAUUCCUUAUUAAGACCAAACUCAAGAUGGACACGCACGCACUAAGCUGCAUUAAUUCGUAUAGAGAAGCCCUUCUUUUUCUUCUCUUCAGCGGUUGUGUUCUGAAGCGAACUCCAAGAAGCUGCCAGCCGAACGAGAAGACAUAUUUUCGGCGCAGUCUACAGUUACAGACACUCGUCUUUAGACGUCUCCAGCAAACUACUUCAGCGCCGAUCUGCGAUCCUUUUCUUCCAACACUAAACUCAUUCAGCCAUUUUGUUCUGUGCCUCUUUUCUCCCAAACCCUGUCUGUCUGUCCGUCCUCCUAUCAGCCUCUAUGACUUUCUUAUUCUCUCUCUCUCUCUCUUCUUUUCUCUCUCUCUCUCUCUUUAUUUUAGAUUUCUCACAUAUUGUCUUUUUUCCUCCUUCGCUUUUUCAAUGUAUUUCAAAGCUUCACAUUACUACUUGCCAUAUUUAAUCACGAUUUCCUUGUUUCGCGUCCACCAUCGCGUCCUCCAUCGCGUCCACCAUCGUUUAACCAUAAGAACCGCAGUUUUAUUCUACCAUACACAGUCAAAUGCACACUCAGUUCCUGUUUUCUCUCCCUCUCUCUCUCUCUCUCUCUCUCUCUCUCUCUCUUUCGAUAUUUCUCACUCAUUUUCUUUUUUUCUUCCUUCACUUUUUAAAUCUAUUACAAAGUCUCACACUACUACUUGCCAUAUUUAG